CAGCUUUGACUUUGCACAAUAUUUUGUUUUUGUUUACAUUUUUCUCGCGAUGAUUUCUGCCUUUUGCUCAAAAAGUAUAAACUACGAAGUUUGCUGUCGCGUUUUAUUAAAGUGAAAUUUAAAAUCUUUAUCGGGUGAAUCAACUAAAAACUGUUUUGUGAACAAUUCUAGCGAAUAAAAUGUGAUUGCUGCUCCAACCAAAUAAGAAAAUCAUCGCGGUUACUUAUGUCAGUAUUUUACUUUUUAUUUGUUAUUGAACGAAAAAGACUUGUUUGCAUUUUUUAAAUCAAAAAUUGUAGCUGACUGACAUCCAGUUUUCUGUUACACACAUUUUUCGGCAUUUGAAAUAAGAAAUUACAUUUCAGUGGACACGACAUUAAAUGAAACAAUAAAAAACAUUCCGUCCUUGUCUCGUUCCCCACAAGUCCCAUACAUCAUUUUACAUCGCGUGUGCUCACUUCAUUCAACUUCGCUUAUAUAUUCAACAAACAAUUUUUUUUUAGAUUUUGGUUUGUCGUUCGUUCUUGUCUCAAUCGUCGUGUACACAAAAAAUAAUUUAACACGAAUAAACGCGGUGUGGUGUGGCUUUGACAAUUUGUCCAAAAGAAAAGUGUGUAAAAGUGCAGAUAGUAACACUGUAGAUCGUUGUCGUAAUGAGCAGGUAGCAACAACAAAAAAAAGUUAUCCGUCACUGCUCACACACGCUCAACUUUAAUUAGAACAACCGAACUUUGUUGUGAUAACCCGAGGUUUCGUUACGGCAUGCUCUAAUUUCAAAGCCAAAGUAUGUCACCGGAAAGGCCUCCAUCAAGUGACGGCGGACCAGCAUUGGAAUCACCAAAUAUGGUUCUGUCAUCGAUACCAAUCGAAUCUGGUCAUGUAUUGCAACAACAGCACCACCAACAAAUACAACAACAACAAUAUCAUCAAAGCAUUAGCCAUGCUAUAACGAAUGGCAAUUUUGCUUAUGCAACAUCUCCAUCGUCGACGACGUCUUCCAAAUUGUUGGUACUUCAACCCAAUCAAUUGAACGACAGUUAUAUCACAACAAAUGACUCAAAUGCGGUUGGCAAUAUAGUUCUGUUAGCCACCGAACAAAUGGAAAUCGGAAGUGUAGAGCACAAUGGAGUGCAUAGUAAUAGCACAACCGAUGAAGAAUUGACCUCGUUGACUUGGCUGCACGAUAAAAAUCUACUUAAAGUCAAUAAUUUAGGUAUCAAUUUGACAUGCACCAAUGGCAAUGCAAUUAAGACUAUCGACGAGAACAGUCCUCCGCGACGGAAGAAUUCGGGUGCUAUAUCGCCAACCAGUGAUUUUCUAGACGAUUCCUGUGUGUCGGAAGACAAUGCCUCGUCGGCCAAUUCGCUGUCCGAAGGCAUCAGUAUAUACAGCACAGAAACAACAAUACCGACCAGUUACCAGUUCGUCAACAAUAAUAAUUCGAUAAACAAAAAUCGCAAUCAAAUGCCAACAUCGACCACACAAGUUAUACAGUUGGGACCGGCGGGCACUGUCAUCGAGUACAUGACCACAAAUUUGCAGGGUAAAAUAAACACGGCGUUGCAACAGACGUCGAACACAUCAACGGUCAUCACAUCGACUAGUACAACCGUAACGGCUACGCCGACGCAUCAGCAUUUUCAUAAAAAAUAUUUGCGAGAAGAACACAAUAAGACUUUAAAGGAAAUGACUGAGGCCAACGUUUCAUCGUCGCCCGUUAAACUGGAGCAUAAUAGUUCGUCCAACUACGAUACCACCAGUUCAAUAAUUAGUGAAAAAGAUUACCAAGGUACACCAGUGCGGCAGCAAAUCAAUCGAACUGAGCCUAGCAGUCCCGAUAGCUACAGCAGCCCAACCAACCAGACUCAAAAUCAAAAACAAUCGCCACACAAAUUAAAACAUCCAACCAACAUGCCAUACGAUCCUCUCAUACACACCAACAACAAGCCACCACUCAGUUUUAGCUCCCUCAUUUUCCUAGCCAUUGAAGAUUCCAUCGAAAAGGCGCUACCAGUGAAAGAGAUCUAUGCGUGGAUCGUGGCACAUUACCCCUACUUCAAGACAGCACCAACUGGAUGGAAAAACAGCGUUCGACAUAAUUUGUCGCUGAACAAAUGUUUUCAGAAAGUUGAGAAGGCACCAAACAUGGGAAAAGGAUCUCUGUGGCGCGUAGAACAACAAUACAAACAAAAUCUUAUACAAGCGUUGACACGGUCUUCGUAUCAUCCCUGCUCCAAUUCGUUGGAAAAGAGUCCGUUCAAAGUAUCGCCGCGACCGGCCGAAAGUCCGCCAGGAUUUAAGCCCGGUACUCGUCCGCUCGAUGCCGAUUUAUUUCCCCGCCUCUCAAAGUUUAUGGCCGAAAUGGUCAGCAAUGAUGAUACGCCGAGUCCACCCGGCACACCAAUCGAAGACGAUUAUCAUCAACAAAUUUACAAUAACAACAACAACAACAGCUCCAGCAACAAAAAUGUAAUACUGUCGGUGGCGACUGGUGGUCACAUUGUAUACAAUAAUGAACGAAUAGCAAGGGAUUGGGGCGUGGAUAGCAUUGAUGAUGUUAAUGCGGCAACGGCAAUGUUAGCACUGAAACAUGGCCCGAAGGUGUUUAACGAAAGUUUCCGGAAUGGUCAUCCACCGAUCAUAACAUCAUCACCCAGUGAAGACCACACUUACUCAGCAGGUGGAUUGGGUAGUAAACGGUCUAGCAACAAUAAUAGUGAUAACAACAGUAAUGGCACAUCAUCCGAUGCUGCGUACGAAAGUAGCGAAGAAAGUCAUACCAACAAUAUUUUAACAAAAGAAGAGCUAGAAGCUCGCCAUCAUGCCGAAGGUGUCGAUGCAUUUUUAACAUUCGCUACCGAAGUUUCGUCCAUGUCGUCGCCAAUAAAACGUCCACCGUCUCCCGAUUCGUACAACGGCAGCUACGCUAUUCCAAUCGGCUAUUACGAAUCGCCGGUUAUCCAUCAUAACAAUAACAAUCAUUUUGCAUAUUUAUCGUCACCGCCACCGCCCAAAAAGUCACGGUCGAGAACGUUACGGACAAAGUUAAAGAAGAAAGCCUGGCUUCGGUAAUACACUGAAGGGUGGGGUGGAGUUUAAUUGUUAAGUUUUGGUUUUUAUUUUUUAAUUUUUAGAAACACUCGCAUCGACAGAGACAUAAUUUUUAAAAUGUUUAGUGGAAAUGAGAGAUGAAGAUUUUUUUUUCUUUUGCAUAUAAGAAUGUUUGGUACCCCGUUUAGUUCGGGGGACACAAGGUCGUCAGAGUUUGACGAGGCUGAUAACUUUAACUCGUCGAUAAACUGGCAAAAAAAAAGUUUCGAGGCGAUAAGUCUGCCGAGUUGACAUUUUUCUCUGUGAGUUAAACUUAUCAGUGCCGAUGGGCACUGGCGAGAAUUGAGCUAAAAUGUUAUGCGGAGAGCUUAAAGAUUUGCGUUUUUUUAGCAAACAUUUUGCUGAUUUAUAAAUCUAGCAAACUUUUAAAGUUUCUAAGUCUAUUUGGGACGGAUAACAGAUUCUAUUUUCUGGUUAAAAUUGAAUUAUCGAGAUCGCAUAAUUUUGAAAAUAUUUAAUUGUUGCAGAAAGACUAAGGAGAAACAAUUUUUUUUUGUUUUUUCUUCUUUUUAUUGUUUAACUAGUUUUAAGUCGAAUUUGCGUUAAGAAUUGAUUUAUGAUUAAAAAAACAUUUAAUUUUAAGGCAAAA